UUAGCUUCUUAAAAGAAGAAGGAGGCGUUCGUGUUUUCUUAGCAGUGAUGGCGUCGUACUGGGGAAUAUUUAUAUUCGUUAUCUGUUCACUUUUGGUCUGUGCUUCGACAGAGACGCGACAGUUUGGCACGGAAAACGUGAUUAACGUGACUGCAGUUAGCGAAAAUGAAGAGUCGACCUACAACGUGCAGAUAAGCUUGAAUGUCACCCUGGCGGACAAUAAAACUACCGUCAACGGGGUUCCGCUCAAGCCGUCAGAGGUGAUGAGGAUGCCGUGCCACGGUUUGCUGUGUGAGUACGGCUCCAAGUAUCUUAGGAGCGGGUUAUCUGAUAGGUUAGAUGACAGUAUCGUCUGGCAGCCCGACGUGUGGGAAGUGAAACUGCUGCUGAACCAGACCUCUGAGGAGGUCACCCAGGAGCAAAACAUCUACCCGGCGAGAUCCAGCAAGAUCGUCGCCAUGCCACGAGAAAACGACGUCAUCAUGACCGAAGAGUUCAUCGCUAAAACAGUCGAGGACCAGGUCCUACACACAACCAGUCACUACCCACUGAGGCAGGCUGAAACCACGCAGGAAGAGACGGCCGCUCCGGGAAAGCUUCCGGAGACGCCACUGCGCAUGGAACCCAGUGUGCUGUACGAGGACGCACCGGAGGAGAAUGUCAAUCCUGACGACCUGCUGCCGGACGUUCCUCUCCGACAGUCGCCCUCGUCGUAUAACGUGGUGUGUCGGUGGGUGGAGGAGCUCAGGGACAGGCUGAAGCGCUUCUGCUCCGAGUCUCUGCCGCUCUUCUUCCUCAUCAUGUGGGUGGUGGUCGUCGGCGUCGUCGGCUCCGCGGUCAUCAUCAAGAUCCUCGACAUCUUGUUUCCCACGUGCGAACACAAGGGUUUCUUUCAUCUGAACCCGGAGACCCUGAUGCCGGAGGAGGAGAAGCAGAGCCUGAUCGAGAACGUAGAGCUGGUGGUGGAGGAGCAAGAGCAGAGCCAUGUGAAGGGAGAGCAGUACUGAUAAGCCCCGCCCCCCUCUAAAGAGAAAGCUCUUAAAGUUUUGCCUCCGUACACAUUCGGCUCUAAAACGUAUUGGCACACGAUCUGUUCGGCUCUCAGAAGUAUUGGCACCCUAUCCGGCCAGCUCUCAAAAGUACUGGCGCCCUUGACGGUCGGCUCUAAAAAGUAUUGGCGCGCUACACGGACAGCUCUAACAGUGCUGGCGCCCUGUCUGUCCGGCACUGGAAAGUAUUGGCGCCCUGUCCAGAUUUUGCCACGCAAGCACCACUUACAUUUUCUUCAGGAAAUGUACCGGUCUAGUUAUGUAUUAUAUUGCUUCGACAGAAUGUAACGGAUCCUUUCUUGCUACACGAUCCACUCGUAUCACUAAUAAAAAAAAAACCCCAGUGACGGUUUUUCCAUUAAAGGUGGAUCUCAGCCAUUUGCAUUUCAAAGUGCUGAAAUAAUUUAAAGGUGCAGUUUGUCAUUUUUUUUCCAAAGAUCUCGAACAUAUUUUUCCGAGUGUACGUUGGAAAAAUUUGCAACAUGAAAUGGAUCUAACUAACCUUCACCGUUUCAUUUCAUUACGGUUCCCCUCAGAGGGAGCAGAAGGCUUUAAAAGUUACAAACUGCCCCUUUAAAGAACAUUCGGAAUAUUACCCUCCCACCCGGCGAUGGCGUUCGGGCGGGUCAGCAGGAUCCGAACUCGGCGAUCCACUUCUCGUAUUUCUCCAGGUCUGCGGCGGAGACCGAUUUAGAAACUUUGGUCAGAGCCGUCUGGAAAUCCUCCAUGGUCGUAGGCAUGUGCAUCUCGUCUCGGGAAAUGUUACGGAUCUCCUCCGGGGUCAAAUCGUAAUCGCGAUCGAUAUUCGAUUAAUUACAGCUAUCUACUGGUGUCAUUUACCCAUUUAUACUGUUUUAAUGACACCUCCAAAUAGAAACCUGCUUAUUAGUAAUAAUAAACUCAGUACAUUGUGUCUACUAUGAAAUAUUUCAAAUAAAAAUGCUAACAGCUAAAGCCGUUUGCUUUCCUAUACUCGCCGUCCCUACGAAACCACACGUUAAUUCGCUGUUAACUUUUAUCACACACAUGAAUACGAAUUAUUCACCACUUACUUGUCGCAUUGUUCCGGAGAAUCUCGGAAAACAAAGAAUAACCUUUGUUUUUAACCCGCCAACGCGGAAAAACAUACACACCUCCACUUUAUUUACAACCUAAUUUCCUCCAGGUACUCGCUCGGAAACGCUGAAGUUUUCUAAAGACGUCGGAAGCGAGGUGCGCAUGCGCGAGAAAAUUUAAAAAAGACCGCAUGCGCAGUACGAAGCGCCCAAAUAGAGUGUCCCAAACCGUUCAACGAGUCGUUUUGGAUUCGACCAAACGCACGCGCUCGCAGUCGAACUAGCUCAUAUAAACUAACUAGUAUAAACUAGCUAAUAUAAACUAACUCAUAAACAAACUCCUAAACUAGCUAAUAUAAGUGAACUCAUGUAAACUAACUCAUAUAAACUAGCUAAUAUAAACUAACUCAUAAACAAACUCCUAAACUAGCUAAUAUAAGUGAACUCAUGUAAACUAACUCAUAUAAACUAGCUAAUAUAAACUAACUCAUAAACAAACUCCUAAACUAGCUAAUAUAAGUGAACUCAUGUAAACUAACUCAUAUAAACUAGCUAAUAUAAACUAACUCCUAAACUAGCUAAUAUAAGCAAACUCAUCUAAACUAACUCAUAUAAACUAGCUAAUAUAAACUAGCUAAUAUAAACAAACUAAUAAACUAGCUAAUAUAAGCUAACUCAUCUAAACUAACUCAUAUAAACUAGCUAAUAUAAACAAACUAAUAAACUAGCUAAUAUAAGCUAACUCAUCUAAACUAACUCAUAUAAACUAGCUAAUAUAAACUAACUCUUACAAACUCAUAAACUACCUAAUAUAAACCUACCUAAUAUAGAUUGGCAGAAAUAUUUAAAUAAAAUGAAAAUAAAUAAAUAAAUAAUAAAUAAAUAAUAUUAAUACCAAAACAAUACUACAUAAAUAAAAUAAAAUAAAGAGAUAAAUAACUAUAAAUAAACUAGCUAAUAUAAUCUAAUUAGUAUAAACUAGCUAAUAUAAACUAACUCAUAAACUAGCUAAUAUAAACAAACUCAAACUAGCUAAUAUAAACCAAUUCAUAUAAACUAGCUAAUAUAAACAAACUCAAACUAGCUAAUAUAAACCAAUUCAUAUAAACUAGCUAAUAUAAACAAACUCAAACUAGCUAAUAUAAACCAAUUCAUAUAAACUAGCUAAUAUAAACCAAUUCAUAUAAACUAAUAUAAACAAACUCAAACUAAUAUAAACUAACUAGUAUAUACUAGCUAAUAUAAAGUAACUCAAACUAAUAUAAACUAACUCAAACUAGCUAAUAUAAAGUAAUUCAUAUAAACUAGCUAAUAUAAACAAACUCAAACUAGCUAAUAUAAACUAACUAGUAUAAACUAACUAAUAUAAACUAACUCAUAAACUAGCUAAUAUAAACUAACUCAUAAACUAGCUAAUAUAAACUAACUCAUAUAACCCAACUAAUAUAAACUAGCUAAUAUAAAUGAUCUGAUAUACACUAGCCGUAUAACUGUUGAUUUCCUGGGAUGGGAACGAGGGGUACAUUCAUUGUAAUUGAACACGAUGAUUGUCUUUCGGACAUUAAACGUUAUCAUCAUCCAUCUUUUCUUUUUUUGUGUGUACAGGACCCCUCUUUUCAGGGGAAUGUAGAUAAAGCGCUCCAACAGUUGAUAGAAGUCCCCAGAUGAUGUCGUCGAACGAUUUGCAUAUCCAAUUACGAAUCAGGGUAUAUGAAGAACGAUUUUCUAAAGACACUUAGAUAAAAUAGAAUAAAAUAUAGCUUUAUCGGAACAGAAACGAUAUAUUAUAACUUAUUUAUUAAAGAGUCAUCUUUGGUCAUGGCACCACAAAAUGUUUCUUUCUCUCAGUCUUUUUGAAUUUGUUAAUAAGUUUGGCAGCAGUGCCGUGUGUGUGUGUGUGUGUGUGUGUGAUGUGCUUGUCAUGUUUCCUGUUAAAGUCCAUCGCAACCUUGCGACAGCUUCCCGAUCCAGCCGUGAGAAUCAUCUUAAAGCCUAUCUGGAAAAAAUAUAUACACACCAAGUAUGAACAUUUUUGGAAGACUGUGUAUGGAGACUUUUUGGGACACCCUGUAAUUUUGCUAUUUGUUUACUAUAUAUGCCUCUCAAAUGAAAUUCUGGCCAAAUAUCUGAAAAAACAUCUUCCCUGAUUUUUCCUUUCUUUCUUAUAGUCGCUUAACAAAAUGCAGCAAAAACACAAGCGACAGCUUGUUCUCGAUACACAAUCUUCUUGUGUUUACGAAAUCAAAGAACCGCGUUUCUUUAACUCGUCCCGUCUCUCUUGUCCCGCAGUCAGUUCAUCAUGAAAACACUAGUCCACAAUCUUUAAACGUAUAAUUAACUGUAAGAGGAUGUUAAAGACCCAAAACAUACACAAAGUUCCAUCUUGAUUUGAAUGAUCUAUGUGAAGAAACGUUUAUUGAUUUUACCAGCUUGAAUGCGUAAUUCACACAGUAAAUGGAAACAAAGUCCUAAAAAGUAUUAACAACGGUGUCACGUAUUUGAAUUCAGUCUGCUUGGUGAGAGAGGCGGUGAUGGUCCAUGCACGUAGCUCAGAUUAAUGCGGACCGCGUUGGACAUCAUGAUGGCUGAAACGUUCUCCAGAAUCCUAGAAAGUGUGCACGAGUCAUGAGCUUCUGACGUGUUCUGUCCAGAGAUGGGGUUGGGGUUCUUCGAAAGGCACAAUUCUUUGCUGGAUUUCUGCAAACGCAUCGUGACAAAAAAAGUCCAACAUGCACUUCUGUUUUGUCCCCCCCCCCCCCCCCCCAUUAUAGCGCCAUUCACAGUCGUCACCUUUCAAAACCAGAUGUGUACAAGGAUGUACGAGCUUAAAAACAUCCUCAUUAGGCACUCUAUCACUGUCAGAUCUCGGCUUGCACGCGUCCCCACACUAGACUACUGUAUAUCCAAGUACUAGACACCUCCCUGGCGAUCAUCUGGUCUUCUAUGUGGUGUUAAUGGGUGGAAAUCUGACAUGGUCCGAUGCAAAAACUUGGCCUCGUCUCAUAUUCAGGGGAUUCCUUGUUAGCCUCUGGUUUACUGGCAACUGAAGCCUGGACUCUCCCGGUGGGAUCACAGAGGAUGCUGCUGCUGAAAUAAAAAGAAAGUGCAUAUGCUUUUUAAGUGCUUUAAACCAGGUGAAGACAUUUUAGGCAUGUCCAGAGUGCUGUACCUCACUGUAGCGGAUUUCAAAAAUGACUAAAGUGUUGUGCAUGACGCUCUAAUAAAAUUUAAAUGAAUUAAAACCAGAUUCUAAGGCUGUUACAAAAUACUUGGAGGUGUAUGCUCAUGCAUCUUAUAUACUAUUUAUAUAUAGUUUUUCUUAUUAUGAGCCUGAGGUGUUUUAACUGUAUGUAUGUUAUGCAUUGUAAACAUUUUUAAUAUAACUCAACAUGCUGAAUGACCACAGGUUAACCCCCCCCCCCCCCCCCCCCAAGCUACUUUC